AUGCGACUCGGUGGCGAGCUAGCGAAGCGUGGUGCAAGUGGCAGUGCGGUGACAGACGAGGUGGGUCAGUUCCAAAGCGGCGUGCGGUGUCUGGCAGUGGUGACUCUGGACGGGGAAUCCGAGGUCAUUGCUGAGAGAAGGCCUCGCGUGCAGGGUCUUGGCGACGGUUGGUUGUACGCCUCGGAAGGACAGCCGUGGUCUCGGUCGGAGAGGCUAUGCCACGAGGGCGAAGCACGACAAAAGCAAGUAGUCUCUGGACGAAAAACGGAUCAAAACGAGCGCGAAGCGCUAAAGCGUAGUGCUAUAUCUGAGUAUUAA